ACGAGGGACAAGUCAACGUUGACGUGUAUUUGGUCGGCAGUGUAAAAAACUUCCGAUUUCGCAUCAUCCAGCUGUUCAAAGCGGAGGUCGUUUAACCACAUUUAACGACAUUUUGUGAAGCUGAAGCGGUGUGUGACUCCCCGGACAGUGUGUGACGAUGUCGGGAGAAAUUUCGAUGAUCGGCUCUGUUAUCCUGGCCCUGUUCCUGGCUGGUUACCUGGGCCAGCAGUACCUACCGCCCCCCAAACCAAAGGUGAUCGGCUUAGACCUGGGCACCACCUUCUGCUCCGUCGGUGUCUUCCACCCGGGCAGCGGGGAGGUGGAGGUGAUAGCGGACGAAGAGGGGAGGAAGAGCAUCCCCAGCGCUGUCUCCUUCACCACCGCUGCGGUACUGGCCGGACAUGAAGCCGUGGACCUGGCCGACAGCAACCCUCAAAACACCGUCUACGAUGCCAAGAGGUUCAUCGGGAAGAUAUUUGAGCCGGAGGUCCUGGAGCAGGAGAGUGCUCGCUACCCGUUUAAGGUGAUUAACAACAAUGGAAGUGCAGAGUUCCUGGUCUCCACCAACCACACCUUCACUGUAAGCCCAGAGUUCAUCGGCUCCAGGCUGCUGCUCAAGAUGAGGAAGAUGGCCGAGCGCCAGCUGGGCAUGCCCAUCCAAAAAGCCGUCAUCUCGGUGCCCGCAGAGUUUGACGAGAGACAGAGGAACUACACCAUCCGGGCCGCCAACCUGGCCGGCCUGGAGAUCUUGCGCGUGAUCAAUGAGCCCACGGCUGCAGCCAUGGCUUACGGCCUGCACAAGGUAGACGUGUUCAACGUGUUGGUGGUCGACCUCGGUGGAGGAACGCUGGACGUUUCUCUGCUUAACAAACAGGGAGGCAUGUUUCUCACCAGAGCCAUGGCAGGGAAUAACAAGCUGGGAGGCCAGGACUUCAGCCAAAGGUUGCUCCAGUACACCACAGACCGCGUCCGACAGGAGUUUGGGGUCCCACCUACUCUCAAAGAGGACAUCCACCGUCUCCGACAGGCUGUGGAAGCCGCCAAGCUCAACCUCACCCUCCAUCCCAGCGUCGACGUAAGGGUGCCACUGCACCUUCACACCCACGAUGGCUCUGAGUCACCCGAAGGCUCCGCUCCCGCUAAGGUCCUCUUCCAGGCCGUGAUCACUCGCAAGCUGUUCGAGGAGCUCAACGAGGACCUUUUCCAGAAGAUCCUGGCUCCCGUUGAGACGGUGUUAACAGAGGGCCACCUGGAGAAAGAGGACGUAGAUGAGAUCGUUCUGGUCGGAGGGUCCACGAGGAUACCGCGGAUCAGGAAGCUGAUCAGCGAGUACUUUGGGAAGGAGCCCAACACAUCUGUAGACCCUGACCUAGCUGUGGUUACAGGUGUGGCAAUUCAGGCUGGCAUCAUGGGCGGCUCUUGGCCCUUACAAGUGAGCGCCAUAGAAAUCCCUAACAGACACCUGCGCAAGACGAACUUCAGCUAAUCUCCACCCCAAAUGAUUUAUCACGAUAAUAGUGUGGCACAGCGACAUGCCACAGAUUGCUUACUGUCUCAUGCUUCUCUUAUGUGCAUCGUUUAAAGCCUGCUGAAGUGAGAAACGAAAGUCGCCGUCACCUGAAUGAAGUCAAACAGGACACUCAGGUUUUUCAACCCAGGAAAGGUAUCGGUAGCAGAAAGAUGUGUUGAAAAAAACUCUGCCUCUUUUAGGCAUAACACCUGAUAACCUCUACAGAACAGAACAGCCCUGUUCCUCUUUUCAAAGUGACUGCUGCUUUUGGUUCACACGAAGCUUCAGCAGCAUUAACACAGCGAGAAAAUGUGAAUGAGAAGCUUCCCAAAAGGUGAAAUCUCCUCAUGUAUCUACUGAUCCAUUCAGCUUCAUCGAUGCUGCUUCUCAUGGUAGAUACUUUAAUGGUGUUCAAUUCAGGGAACAGCCUUAACGGACUGAAAGACUAACCAGUACAUCUUCAGCUAUUUAUUUAUUUAUUCCCAUUAACUGUGUGGCUGUGAGUGUGUGUGUGUGUGUGUGUGUGUGUGUGUGCGUGCGUGCAGGAGUUUAGCUGUAUUUUUCCGUCCGACGUUGACGUACAUUUGCCUGUUCAGAAAGCUGCUGUAUUCUUUGAAUUGAAGUGUAGAAGGUGAACCACUGCACUCUAGUGGUUCCUGAAAUGCCUUGCAUGCUGUCCCAGUGAUGAGUUUACAUCCAUUGGAUGCGGACAGAGCGAGUGUAAAGAUGCACGAUUCAUUUCGGACAAAUUCACUGCAGUAUAGACGACUCACCUCAUAAAUAAAUGAGGUGUUCGGGGUGGACGUUGGAAAAAGCCUUAAUGUUCUCACGGUACUGUAAGUUUUAAAUCAUUAGCACCGCCUCUCCCUUUGAAUACAUUUGCAAGUGACGGAAGAGUCAUGCUCAGUGCUGCACUUCCACUUGUUGGCCAUCAUAGUUUUUUUUUUUUUUGUGUGCAAUAGAACGUGUUUUAUUUAAAAGGCAGUGACGUUACACACUUCAAAUAUUUGCGCUGCGUAUCAGAGUGGAGUACAGCAGCCUGCUUUUGCUGCUGUAGGUAGAGAAGGUCAACUCGGGAAGUCCCACAGAAGGACCAAAGCUUUGCUUACCGGUGCCUUGUGUAUUUGAUUGUGUGUUUGUGGUUGUCAGGGUGCCCUAAAAUGUAUUUUCACCUGCUCUUAUUCUAAAAAGGGACAGUAGGCUGGGUUAUUGUACAUCUAGUACGAAAGUUGUACUGUAUCUGUAUCUCUUAAAGUACAAAUGGUGCAAUAUCAAUGUGAGUUAAACGUACCUACAUUCCGUUUAAAAAGAAUCACCAUUUAUUGCCAAAUGUCACUCAUGACUGAGUAGGUGUAUUAACUUCUCAUUUUCUUUUCCAAAUAUUGCAUUUCUCCUGUUGGAACUUAGAUCUUAAAGAAUUACAGCUUUUAGUAAAAAAUACUUUGAUACUGGAAAGAAAAAUCAUCAGUCCCAGUUGAAAUGGGGACUAACAAACUGAGACUACGAUCUAUUUUUGUAUCACGUUCUCACUGUUAUCCAAGAAAAAUGAGAAGGAAGUAAAACUGUUCCACACGUACUUUUUCAGCCGAUUAAAAUUUGCAUUCCACAAUGUCGUCACUGUCUGUUCAUUACGAGGAAAAAAGUCCCUUUUGUAAUCCAACCUACAAAUUACUUCACAUACUUGGGCGUAUCCUCCAGGUGUUGGAAAUGAUAGCUCGAGGGGUCACAUUACUUUUCUUCCUUCCUUUUAUUUGAUUUCUUAAGAACUUAAAAAAAAAUCUUUUGAACAAAACACAGUAGAAAGGUCCUGUAUUAGAAGAUUUUAAUGUAUACUUCUGAGGCACGGUAAUACCCAAAGAAAGAAAAUGAACACAAAAGGCAAUCCAUGUCUUGACCCUGUGCUGCAUCUUGCGAUGCCUUUUAGUGUCCCUUCAAUUAGCUUUAAAGCUUUAUUUUCACAUUUAGCACCCACUUCAUUGACCUUACAGCAUUCACUUUUACACCAAGCAACCAACGUUUAGAUGCACCGUGAAUGAACACUAAAAUACCACAGACUUAACUGCAAUUCAGAGGCUUGAGCGGGAAUGUGAAAUGACUUCCAUCGUGACUACAGACACUGUCAUUAUUAUUCAAUAGUUUUGUCACCGUCACGUAAAUCUGAGUUGGCUGGAGCAUCUCGCACGUUGCUUCACCUUUUUAUGUACAAUAAACACUCAACAUAGCACUGCACGCAGGGUUUAAAAAAAAAAAAAAAA